AUGGCCGAACAUCGCCACCACGUUGCGGAGGUCCUGAAACGCCUGAGGGAGUUCCAGCUCUUCCUCAAAACUGAGAAGAGUUCCUUCCAUCAACCCUCAGUGCAGUUUCUUGGCUACAACAUCAGCAGCAGUGGCAUCCAGAUGGACGAGGGGAAGGUAGAAGCCAUAAGGACCUGGCCCACUCCAUCCACCAUCAAAGAGCUCCAAAGAUUUCUCGGAUUCGCCAAUUUCUACAGACGAUUCAUCCAAAGUUACAGCUCCAUUGUAUAUCCGCUCACCAAUCUUCUCCGUAAUAAGCCCAAGUCUCUGUCCUGGUCAUCAGCUGCCAACGAGGCCUUCAACACCCUGAAGGAGGCAUUCACCAGCGCACUGCCCUGA